UCAAAAUCUGCACCACUACACCCUCAUUUGCUAAAACACCCUUUUCAAACUGAGAGAAAAGAGAGAUCUUCUGCAGAAUCGAUGGCAGAGAGAUACUGAGCCACAAAUCAUUACAGAAAAGAAGAUACGGAAACUGAAAUAUCUUUCUUCUCAACCUAAACAAGCAAAAAGAGAAGAAGUUUCAGCCUUCAUUUCCCUUUUUUCUUUUUGGACUCUUUAUAGACAAAAGAGUAGUAGUAGCUGCAAAAACCAACCCUUUUGCUUUAUUGCCCUGAUCCUGAUCAGUGGCAAGAAAAGUUGUACCCUUUGUGUGGUUUUGUGCAAAAAUGGCAAUCAGAUUUUCUUCCUUCGGUUUCAUAAAAUAAAGGGUAUAAGAUUGCUAUAAAAUAUUGUUAGUAUUUGUUUUCACGGGGUGUAGCUUUCAUUUUGUACACGAUUGGUACACAUAGCUCCACAAAGUGGGAGAGAGAAAGCCUUGGAAAAAGUUUGAGACUUGAGAGAGAGACAGAAACCGGCGCUUCUUUUGAAUUUUGAGAAGGUGAGGGGAUUACUUUUGUUGUUACUACUACUACAACUACUUUUCCCUUCCUUGGUUUCGAUCCUCAAGAGAUGGGGAGGGCUACAAGGUGGCUGAAGGGGCUGUUGGGCAUGAAAAAAGAGAAAGACAAAGACAGAGACCAGAUAGGGCAUUCAAAUUCAGUUUUAUGUGACAAGAAAGAAAAGAAAAGAUGGAGUUUUGCCAAGUCGGGGAAGGAUGCUAAUGCAAUUUCUCAGAUUCCAUUGAGUAUUACAAGGAGUAUUCCGGCGAACGAUGCUGCUUGGCUCAGAUCCUACAUUGCGGAGAGUGAGAAGGAGCAGAAGAAGCAUGCAAUUGCAGUGGCUGCUGCUACAGCAGCCGCAGCUGAUGCAGCCGUGGCAGCCGCACAGGCGGCGGUGGCAGUGGUGAGGCUGACCAGCAAUGGAAGAGGUACAUUGUUUGGUGGAGGGAGGGAGAGGUGGGCAGCUGUGAAAAUUCAAACGGUCUUCAGAGGCUAUUUGGCCAGGAAAGCACUUAGAGCUCUGAAAGGACUGGUUAGGUUACAGGCUCUUGUUAGAGGCUAUCUUGUAAGAAAGAGGGCUACCGCAACUCUGCGUAGCAUGCAAGCUCUUAUUAGAGCACAAGCAGCAGUUCGAUCUCAGCGAUUACGUCGCUCCUUCAACAAGGAGAAUAGGUAUUAUCCUGAAAACAGGCCCCGGAAAUCCAUUGAAAGAUUUGAUGAUCCAAGAAGCGCAAUUCACAGCAAAAGACUAUCUGCAUCAAUUGAAAUCAGUGCUUACGACGAAAGCCCCAAAAUAGUUGAAAUUGAUACAUUCAAGACCAGGUCAAGGUCCCGCCGGCACAAUACUGCGUUAUCAGAUUGUGGGGAUGACUUGCCUUACCAGAUAAUCUCAUCACCUCUUCCAUGUCCAGUUCCAGCUCGAGCAUCGGUACCCAAUUGCCAAAAUCUUCAUGAUUUUGAAUGGUGCUUCACUGGGGAUGAAUGUAGGUUCUCUACUGCUCAUAGCACUCCUCGUUUUGCUAAUACUGCAAUGUCCAAUGCUCCUACUACACCGGCUAAAAGCGUGUGUGGCGACGGGUAUUUUAGGCCUUAUUCCAACUUCCCUAACUAUAUGGCAAACACACAAUCCUUCAAGGCCAAGUUAAGAUCUCACAGUGCCCCAAAGCAAAGGCCAGAGCCAGGAGUAAAGAAGAGGCUUUCGCUCAAUGAAAUAAUGGCUGCAAGGAACAGCAUGAGUGGAGUUAGAAUGAACAAGUCAUGUUACCAAGUUGAAGAAGCUUUAGAUUUUUGAGUUGUGUUCAAGUUUCAUAUGUCCUCUUAAUUUGUUUGCUAAGAAAAUUAGGAGGAUUUGGAUAGAGAACUGUAGAAGUUGAACCAAUACAACUUCUCUAGUGUUUUCCACUUUGUUAUGAACAAGCCAUAGGAUAGAACAGAGCGCUUGUGUAAAUUCUUUCAAAGAGUUUUUAUUCAAUCAUGCCUUAUUCUAGAAUCUAGAUGACAGUUGGAAAUUUCUUUGUAAACUGCCAAAAUCUGGGGAACCAUGUUUAGAUGGAAUGGAGAAAAUGAAAGGUCAAAAAGUAGCUGAAAUAAAGCCAGAAUUGAUAACACUA